AUGGAAUUUACUCAAACCUUCAUUGUUUUCACCUACCACAAACCAUUCAUCUAUACAAACUUUGUUUCCCCACCAAUGAUGUUCAUUUGGUUGGUCAAAAACGUGUCGGAACAUUCGUCGAGCAGACGAGCGGUGCCAUCGCUGUUCGGCCCGUUGCUGCACGUUGUUGCUGUUGUUGGCUGCUGCACAGAGCCGGGAGACGCUGCUGUACGAACGUUGCUGCUCCGCCGUCGCUCCCUUUCCUCUUUCGACCACCAUCACUCAUCUCUCUAUCAAUUCGUUUUGUUCCAUCACUGUAAACUCUGCAACUCACGGUCCAGAUCGGUCGUCGUCGGCUACUGCCCGUUGGUCAGCCUGUUCGCCGCCGACGUCGCCGCUGCUGACUCCGAUUCGUCACCCGUGUCCACCACAGACGCUCGGCGCUGCUGCGUCGUCGCUGCUGUGCAGUCGAAGGUCUUGCAGUGUCGCCGUCAUCACCGAGCAGCCGCUGCUGGGGUCGCUCUUUGUCACCGCCUUCCAGCCGUGAGUCCAUCGCUGUCACGAUCAGCCCUUGCUGCACAUUGUUGCUGCUGCUCAGAGCCGGGAGACGCUGCUGUCGCGCGUCCAGAUUCUCCAUAUCGCGUCGGUGCUCACGCCGGCGCCUCUGCUUGUCGGUUAGCUGCUGCUAGACGUCGACAGUUGCUGUGCAGAAGGUUUGCCGUCGAUCCGUCGGGUUCGUUCAGCGUCAUCGCUGCCGGGAGAUGCCGUUGUAGCCGCUGCUCCGUCGCCGCUGGGAGACGCUAUCGCUCGCCUAUCCUCCGUCGCACGCCGCGUGGGGUCACCGCUGUCCGUAAGCAAAAUUCGCUGUUGCUCUCGACUCCGAGACCUCGCUGUGCCAUUGCUGUCGGCGUACCCCUCUCAAAAGGAUUGAAAUCCUCCUCUCAUCAACCGCUGCCUCACUCUUUUCUCCCCUCACCUCUCGGUUUUCUUCUCUCCAAAUUGGAUGUGUGAAACGUGAAAUAUGUGGAGUUGGAAACUGAUGUGGGAGGAAUAUAUAUUGUUUAGAAUUAGUGGGGAAAUCUCUAAAAGCAAAGUCAUGAAUGGCCGUUGUGAUGUUUGUGGUGGUGGAGGUAGUGGAAUAGAGUAUAUAAUUUCUUGUUGAGAUAAUG